UGAUAAUGUCAUGCACUGACCUUGCUGUGCGUGAAGCUGUACAGUGCAAUGCAUUUAUAAAUUAAAAUAUAUAAAAGCAAAGGAUCAAAAUCAGUCACUGUCCUUAUUGUGUGGGGAUGGUUGUGUGAGUCUGAGACAGUACAAACAAAAUCGUGACGUAACCAAAAGGCAAAACUGUAUGAAGUCUACUAACUGAGUACUUGCGCUUGCAAGAAAUGGCAGAGAAGGGGUCGAAUGGGAACACACCAAAACCUCCUCCUGCAACAGAAGGUUAUCAGGAGCCUGGCUGGAAAAAUAUUAAAACUACUUCAGUCUUCAGGGCAGUUAAUUUUGAACUCUUUGUUAAACCAAACAAAGUUGUCAUGGGUCUGGGACUGGUAGCCAUAUCUGGCUGUGUGGCAUAUCUGGCUUAUAUGAAUGCUAUGGCAGAGAACAAGGCAGAUAUGUACAGAGCUGUCACAGAGGACGGAGAAGAAAGACUACAGAAGAAAACUUCAAAGUGGGACUAAAACAUCUAAUUAAUAUAUCCAUAUAAUAUAUGAGAUGUAGGACAUUUAUCUCAAGAAAUUGGUACAGAAAUGAAAGACCAUCAGUGGUUUGAAGUGCAGGUCUUCUUUUUGAGAGAAACAUAGAUGGUGGGGAAAUGCAGAUGCUACAGGGACAAGGUUUUGCCCUGUAAAUGUCUGAGGAAAAAUCACGUGCAUUAAUUAGAGGAAUAUGGAGGAAUUUGUGGUUCAUACAGUACCAGUAGAUGCAUUUCUUGUGUGCAUCAGCAAUGGGUUGUUCUCUAAUUUGCCAGAACUUCAUAAGAAUUGUCUUUUAGGUAAUAAAAUUGCUUUAAUUAUUUUUACUCUAUUUGGCAUGUUAUGUGUUAAAUUGUUCAGUUUUUUCAAACAAUUCAUGUAUGUAUUGUAACAGAAAUGUAACAGAAUGGUUUGUUAACUAUUGACUUAAAAUAUUCAAAU